AUGACGCUGCUCCAUUCUCCUCUACCAAGUAAUGCUGUUUUCUUUGACCUUUUCCCGGGAAACAAACGAGCACGAAAGAAGCACCAUUGAAUUCCCAAAACUCGCAUUCUCAAGCUCGGUCGAAUUCCCUAAACUCCAAAAUUCAGUAAGUUUCUUGACCAAAUGGCGUUUCGCAUUUGCCACAAUCUAGGCCGCCCAUUAAUUGUUCCCAUCAAUUUGACUAAAACUCCCUCUCGAAACUGCAAUUUCUCUGUUCAGAAUUGCAGUUUAGGCCCUAAUCAGUCUCAUAAGCAGCUAGUUUCAAAGGUAAAAGAUAAGCUUGAGAAAGAGCAUCAUGGUCUUCCAGUUGGAAAAAAUGGAAGAGAUGAUGAAGACAUGAUCCUCUGGUUUCUAAAGGACCGGAGGUUUUCUGUUGAAGAAGCUGUUGCAAAACUGACCAAAGCCAUUAAAUGGCGUCAAGAAUUUGGAGUGUCCACAUUGACUGAAGAGUCCGUGAAGAGUGUAGCAGACACUGGAAAAGCCUAUGUGCACGACUUUCUUGAUGUCUAUGAUAGACCAGUACUUGUAGUGGUGGCAUCCAAGCAUUUUCCGGGUGUGCAUGAACCUGUUGAGAAUGAGAAGUUGUGCGUCUUUCUAGUUGAGAAGGCAUUGGCAAAGCUCCCAGCUGGAAAAGACGAAAUACUAGGAGUAUUUGAUCUCAGGGGCUUUGGUACUGGAAAUGCUGAUCUCAAGUUCUUGACCUUUGUGUUUGAUGUAUUUUACUACUAUUAUCCAAGGCGGUUGGGCGAAGUCCUCUUUGUGGAUGCUCCAUUCAUAUUUAAGCCAUUUUGGCAGUUAGCCAAGCCCUUGAUAAAAUCCUAUGCAUCUCUGGUGAGAUUUUGCUCAGUGGACACUAUAAGGAAAGAAUAUUUUACAGAAGAAACUGUACCGGCAAACUUCAGAGAUUAAAGCAUUCUUAGUCUUGAAAUAUCUGGUUGGCUUGGUCGGGAGUUAUAAUACUGAUGAUCAAUUUGAGAUAUCGCAGCUUUAUCUGUUGUUGAAUACAGAAGGAGCAAAUUUGACCACUCAAAUCUUAACUGGCCAACAUUUAUCCUCGGGUAAAACUCAGGAAUGGCAUUUUUAGAGGCCAUUAGAAGUGAAACUAGUUUCCUUUUCCAGCUCCUGACAGGAGGACUCCAGCCUAUUUGUUCUUUUCUCUCUUGUGAUUGUAUUCUUUCAUGAUUCUUUUAAAUGAAAGGUGUUUGUAUCAAGUGUCAACAAUGAAAGGUUUCUUGCAUUACUAAAACGCAUUGUAUUUGAUAUAA